CAGAGCGAAGCCGAUAGGGUUCUCGAGACGAUCAAAGAGAGACGGCGCACGGCCGCCUGCUAUCCCUGUGCAAAGCGCAAGGUCCGAUGCUCUGGUGGCCAGCCGUGUGCGACGUGCUCGCAGCGCAAUCAUCCCGACAUCUGCUUCUACCAUGAUGGCAAACGCCCCAACAAGCGCAAGCGCGAGACCGACAAUAUCGAACAUGGCGCGUCGCCGGGCGUUACAGCGGCGGUCAUGUCCAAACGUCAGGCGUAUGUGUUGCAGCAGGACAACAGCUCGCCGAGUGCCCCUUUGGCCACUCCGGCCUCGAGCCAUGCCGACCGUCCCCAGUCAAUCCCGCGACGAGCUGAUCCGACAACGUUGGGCAGCUCUUCUAUCGCCUCUUUCCUCGAAGAUCGCCUCCAGAAUGCUCGACCAGGACUUGGCCUCCAAAACCACCACUCGGUCAGCAAGCACCAGGCAGGACUGAUCCCGACUGUAGCCUCAUACGCAUCAUCUGAUCUAAUCGCCAUUUCUCCGCAAAGGUCGGAAGUUUUUCGCUUCUUCCCCUUUUUCCGAUCAAAUGUGGUCCCCUUCAUCUUGAAAGAUGGCGAUUCGCUCGAGCUUUCCAUCUUCACCUUCCUGAGCGACUUCGAAUCAGCACAGGCGAAAGAUGAGCCUGCGCUCCGCACCUUCACCGAGACUCAGCGCAAUCGCAUUUCUGUAUAUCUGGCUUCUCUGGCUCUUGGUGCGCAAAUGUCGGACAUGCCUGCCGCUGAAAGAGCUCGUUAUGCAGACGACUUUGCCUUGCUCAUGCUUGGAAUGUGCUUCCAGAACUCAGGCUCCUCAGACGCAUCCUGGUCACUUCUUGGGCUCACCUUCAGGCUCGCACAAUCAUUGGGCCUUCACAAUCCACCAUAUCGUCGUUCAGUUGCUGUUGAAUCCGCCGUCUCAUAUUCUUAUAGGAAGUCUAUCAUCUGGCAAGAUGCUCUGCUUUCGCUUCGCUUUGGACGAACGCCAUUACAGACCGCCUACGAUGCCAAUAAUCCAGAAUCAUGGCUACCUUCCCAUCUGAUCGACUCCUUUGUCGAUGCAAUGCACGCCUUGAACGCCAUUGGUCUUGCCUACAUGUCAAGCUCGGAACCAGAUCGCACGAAAGUGGGCAGUGUACGAGAUUGGAUAGCCGCACUCGAAAUGUUGCGCGAGCGUUUGCCGCCCUACCUAAAAUCUGUCGAAGGAUGUUCAAAUCUGCAGCAGACGCUCCAAUAUUAUGCUCUCCGUAUGCAUAUGUCUUUUCUCGAGGCGGAGAUGUGUCGACCAUGUAUGAUACGUGCCAACAGCGACAAUGCUGGAAAUUUCGAGGCAGACUUAAGUGAACGUGCUUUGAGAAGCAUGCAGACGACUGUCUCGGCGUAUUUAAGCAUGUCUCGGCUGAGUGUAUUGCCACUUCGCAAUUGGUCACUGAUCCAGGAGUCUCUGAGCUGCGCCUGCGUCCUGGCCUUGUUAAAGGCUUGCCGCAACAAUCCAGGAGUACAGAGCUUAUUGGACCAGGUCAUUCAAUUGCUU